AUGAGAAAGGAAGCAGUUGGUGCACAAGGUCAGUUGGCUGCAGGUACAUGUGAAAUUGUUACUUUGGACAGAGAUAGCAGUCAGCCUCGACGAACUAUAGCUCGACAAACCGCUCGUUGUGCGUGUAAAAAAGGACAGAUUGCCGGUACGACAAGGGCAAGGCCAGCAUGUGUUGAUGCACGCAUUAUUAAAACAAAACAAUGGUGUGAAAUGCUUCCAUGUUUAGAAGGAGAAGGCUGCGAUUUGCUAAUCAAUAGAUCAGGCUGGACCUGUACACAACCUGGUGGGAGAAUAAAGACAACCACGUGGAUGAUUCUAGAGACAAACCUGGUGCAUUUCCUCUCUUCAGAAUGA